AUGUCUUCCUUCAGCCCAACCCAGAUCUUCGAGGAGGGCACCACCGAAGAGAAGGGCGAAAAUGCCCGUCUCACCGCCUUCGUCGGCGCCAUUGCCGUUGGCGAUCUGGUCAAGAGCACUCUGGGUCCCAAGGGAAUGGACAAGAUCAUGCAGUCUGCGUCUACCGGAGAGAUCCUGGUCACAAAUGACGGCGCAACCAUACUCAAGUCCAUAGCUCUCGACAAUGCCGCGGCAAAGGUUCUCGUCAACAUCUCAAAAGUGCAGGACGACGAGGUGGGAGACGGCACGACAUCUGUCUCCGUCCUGGCCGCCGAGCUGCUGCGCGAGGCAGAGAAGCUGGUCGACAAGAAGAUCCACCCCCAGACCAUCAUCGAGGGAUACCGGUUAGCAAGCCAGGCUGCGCUCAAGGCCCUCGAAGACUCCGCCGUCGACCACAGCAAGAACCCCGAGGCCUUCAGGAAGGAUCUGAUAGCUAUUGGAAAGACCACACUUAGCUCCAAGGUCCUCGCCCAGGACCGGGAUCACUUCGCGGAGCUCGCCACAGAGGCUGUUUUGAGGCUGAAGGGAUCCUCUGACCUCAGCAAUAUUCAGAUCAUUAAGAAGGCCGGUGGCAAGUUGAGCGACUCUUACUUGGACGACGGUUUCAUCCUGGACAAGAAGAUCGGAGUCAACCAGCCCAAGCGCCUGGAGAAGGCCAAGAUCCUCGUCGCAAACACUUCCAUGGACACGGACAAGGUCAAGAUCUUCGGUGCCCGCGUCAAGGUCACAUCUACGAGCAAGCUCGCCGACCUCGAGAAGGCCGAGAAGGAGAAGAUGAAGGCCAAGGUCGACAAGAUCAAGUCGCACGGCAUCAACUGCUUCAUCAACCGCCAGCUCAUCUACAACUGGCCCGAGCAGCUCUUCACCGAUGCCGGUAUCAUGUCCAUCGAGCACGCCGACUUUGACGGUAUCGAGCGACUGGCCCUGGUCACAGGAGGCGAGAUCGCAUCCACGUUCGACCACCCCGAGCAAGUGAAGUUAGGUCACUGCGAUGUUAUUGAGGAGGUCAUUAUCGGCGAGGACACUCUUAUCAGGUUCUCUGGGGUUGCAGCAGGUCGGGCAUGCACCAUCGUCCUUCGCGGCGCCACAAACCAACUCCUCGAUGAGGCUGAGCGAAGUUUGCACGACGCCCUCGCCGUCCUUUCCCAAACAGUCAAGGAGCCACGGACAACCCUGGGUGGUGGAUGCGCAGAGAUGCUUAUGGCCAAGGCUGUCGAGGCCCAGGCCACACGUGUUGAGGGCAAGAAGCAGGUGGCUGUUUCCUCGUUUGCCGUUGCCCUGCGGCAACUACCGACCAUCCUGGCCGACAACGCCGGUCUCGACUCUGGCGACCUCGUCGCUCGCCUGCGAAAGGCCAUCUACGACGGGAUGACGACGUAUGGUCUUGAUCUGAUGGUUCCCGGCGGCGGCAUCGCCGACAUGCGCGACCUGGGUGUUAUCGAGAGCUACAAGCUGAAGAAGGCGGUGGUAUCAUCGGCGAGCGAGGCUGCUGAGCUACUCCUUCGUGUGGACAACAUCAUUAGAGCGGCGCCUAGGAGACGCGAGAGGCAGUGA